AUGAUGGGACGGUCAAAUUAUGAAGUAAUGGCCAGAGAAGAAUACCAAGAUGUUUUCUCCUUUCCAAGCCAACUACCAUCAUUGGAUUUCAGUAGUUUUUCUGCUAAUUUGGAGUUUCAGCAUCAUUUGCCUAUCCAAGAAACUGCUUUUGAGGCUGAUCCUUUAAUGGGGAUGUUUCUGUAUGAUGAUCCCUUGUAUUCCAGUUUGAAUAUUGAACCAAUUCAGACCCAAAUUCCAGAGAAUUUCUUCUGCGGUUAUGGAAGUGCAUUGACAGGGUUUGAAACUUGGAAACCUCAGUUACUUUUGGAGAAUACUAAUGAAGAGAUAACUGCAGAGGAGCCAGUGCAGGAGGAGAAGAGAGUUAAAAGGCAAAGAGAGAUGAAAAACGAUGCAAGUAAUUGUAAAAUCUUAUCCAGGGAAACAAUUUCUCAGUAUUUUUACAUGCCAAUUACAAAAGCUGCAAGGGAACUCAAUGUGGGAUUAACCCUUUUGAAGAAACGGUGUAGAGAAUUAGGAAUUAGAAGGUGGCCACACAGGAAGUUGAUGAGUCUACAAACCCUAAUCAAUAAUGUCCAGGAACUUGGACAAGAGGAAGGAGAAGGGAAGCUGAGAGAUGCAAUACAGAUUUUGGAACAAGAGAAGAAGUUGAUGGAAAAGAUACCUGAUAUGCAAUUGGAAGACAAAACUAAGAGGUUGAGGCAAGCAUGUUUUAAAGUAAAUUACAAGAAGAGAAAGCUCUUGGCCGGAAUGUCGUCGAUGAUGCCAGAGUCAAAAUCUGCAGGUUCUAGUGAUAAUCCAGCAGCAAGUGUUGAAAUGAAUGUUUUAGACUGUGGUGGCUGUAGGGAUGAAGACGACGAUGAUGAUGGAGAGAUAAAAUCUCUCUUGUCUAACUGUUUUUCUUCUAGUAGUGACAGUCUUUCGAGUCUUGUCGAAGUCAUAGUCAAGUAG